AUGACAUUGAUGGAUGAGUGCUCUGACAGGUUCGAAGAUCCAACAAAGAGAAGCGUAGGAUCUUCAGCAGGGAAGAAGGUGAGGACCUUCGGAGUUGGAAGAACCUGCAGAAGACAAGGAGGAAGAAGCAGUCGUCAUACUUCGGAUACCGGUGUGGUGCCUGCCGAAGGCUCUUCGAUGCUUAAGUAA